CGCGCGUCCGCCGCGACACACCGCCCGCGGCUUCGCACGAACCAUGGCGAUCUCGGUCGCUCGCCGAGCGGCGCGGGCCGCCGCGAGCGGCGGCGGAUCUCGCGUCCGCGCGAGCGCGUCGACGUCGUCGUCCUCGUCGACCCUCGCGCUGCUGCUAACAUUCUCGAACCCGACGCGACGACCCGUCGCCGCCGCCGCGCCGGUGCGCCGCGCGCCGUCGCUCGCGCGCGGGUUCGCCGCGCGCGCCGCCGCGGCGCCGGCGCCGUCCGUCGUCGACGCCGCCGCGGGGGUGGAGCCGACGAAGACGCCUCCGCCGCCGCCGCCGCCGCCGCCCACCGCGACGCCCGGAGGCGGAUCCGGCCGCGCGUCGCCGCCCGAAGGGAGGAAAAACAAAGCGGUGCCGCUCGCGGAGCAAUUCCGCGCCGCGCUCAGCGGCACGGACGGCCUCACCCCGGCGAAGACCGUGGAACUCCUUGAUAAGUUCAUCGUCGGCCAGGCGGACGCGAAGCGCGCGUGCGCGGUCGCGCUCAGGAACCGCUGGCGUCGCCACCGCGUCGACCCGUCGCUUCGCGACGAGAUCGUCCCCAAAAACAUCCUCAUGAUCGGUCCCACGGGGUGCGGCAAGACCGAGAUCGCGCGGCGCCUCGCGAAGAUCACGGACGCGCCGUUCGUCAAGGUGGAAGCGACGAAGUUCACGGAGGUGGGCUUCCACGGCCGCGACGUGGAUCAGAUCAUCAAGGACCUGGUCGACAACGCCGUGCACAUCACGCGCGCGAAGCUGCGGACGAAGUUUCAAUCCGAGGUGGACGCCAUCGUGGAGAACAAGGUCGUGGAGUUCAUGUGCGGCGAGACCAGCGGCGACGCCACGCGCGAGGCGUUCCUGUCGAUGUACCGCGAAGGGAGGCUGGACGGACGGACGAUCGAGCUCGAGCUCCCGGACAACGCGGGCGGCGGCCCCGGGGACGUGCUCUCGGGGAUGGUCCCGCCGAGGGAGGUUGUCAUCUCGCUGAAUAAGUUCCUCAACGAAGGGGUGAGAGGCAAGAGCGGGAAGGGGAGCACGACGAAGAAGAGGAUGACCGUCGCGGAGUGCCGCCCGGUCAUCGAAGAGAUGGAGUACGAGCGUCUCAUCAACAGCGACACCGUGGUGAAGGAGGCGCUCAGCGCGACGGAGAACGACGGGAUCGUCUUUCUGGACGAGAUCGACAAGGCGCGUUCUAUUCCCACACCGAUCGUCUCGUCGAACGAUUACCGGCACGGCGCGGACGCGUCCUCGGAGGGCGUCCAGAGGGAUUUACUCCCGAUCAUCGAGGGCAGCGUCGUGCAGACGAAGCACGGGAACGUCAACACGGAUCAGAUCUUAUUCAUCGCGAGCGGCGCGUUUCAUCAGUGCAAGCCCUCGGACAUGCUCGCGGAGCUCCAAGGCCGCCUGCCGAUCAAGGUGGAACUCAAGGGCCUCACGAAAGAGGACCUCCUCCGCAUCCUCACCGAGCCGGAGACGAACGUGAUCAAGCAGCAGAAGGCGCUGCUCGAGACCGAGGGCGUGGACCUGUCGUUCACGGACGCCGCGAUCGCGCACAUCGCGGACAUCAGCGCGGAGGUGAACCGCACCGUGGACAACAUCGGCGCGAGGCGGCUGCACACGGUGCUCGAGAAGAUCGUGGAGGACGUCUCGUUCGCGGCGCCGGAGAGGGUGAGGAAGACGAGGGAGGCGGAGGGCGAGGACGCGCGGUUGAAGGUGGUCAUCGACGUCAAGGACGUGGACGACGCCAUCGGCGAGCUCCUGAAGAAGACGGACCUCAGUCGGUUCGUGCUGUGAUCGAUUUCGAUUUCGAUUCGAUUCGUCUCACCGGUUGUAACAUCAUCAGCGGAAUCCUACAUC